CUCAAACCACGAGUGUAAGAGCAGAGCGAACGAGUUGUUUCACAGUCAGUCUGCACUUGUUUGAAAUCUGCACUGUUACUUUAAGGGUCGCCAGCCUUAAAAAUCGCCCUCCCCUCGGCAGUAGCGAGGACAAUAGACUUCUGAAGCUGAGCAACUUCCUCCUCGUAAAACGGAGAUGAACUGCUACAAUCCGAACUGUUAGCUCAGGAAGAAAAGUUUUCCCUUUUCAGCGUGGGUCUGGAGGCAGCAGAAGGAAGUGACAGAAAUCUUUCUUCAGCAUUGCUCGUGCUGUAGCUGGUAGCUCGCCCAGAAACAGGCUGCUUUCUAUUCAACUAUCAAUUCUCGACAAGGCUGGUCUUCUGACAUUUUCUCCAGAGAAUGCGCUACCCUGUUGAAGUUUAACUUGUCGUGCUUGAUAUUGAUUGGGGAGGGGUGAAAGAGAAAAUGGGCAAAUUCUUUUCAAAGAUAUUUGGAAGCAAGGAGAUGCGUAUUCUGAUGCUGGGUCUGGAUGCUGCUGGCAAGACCACGGUCCUGUACAAGCUCAAGCUUGGACAACCCACCACCACCAUCCCAACGGUCGGCUUCAACGUGGAAACAGUCACCUACAGGAAUGUCAGGUUCAAUGUCUGGGACGUGGGGGGGCAGGACAAGAUCCGGCCUCUCUGGCGCCACUACUACACGGGAACCCAGGGCCUAAUCUUCAUGGUGGACUGCGCUGAUCGGGACCGAAUCGACGAGGCCAGGCAAGAGCUCUACCGUAUCAUUAAUGACAGGGAGAUGCGCGAUGCUGUCAUCCUUAUCUUCGCCAACAAGCAGGACCUGCCCGAGGCCAUGAAGCCCCACGAGAUUCAGGAGAAACUGGGACUGACCAGGAUACGAGAUCGCAACUGGUACGUUCAACCUUCCUCGGCCACCACUGGAGAUGGACUCUACGAAGGGUUGACCUGGCUCACCUCUAACUUUAAGACAUAGAGUCCUACCGCAUGGAAACAGCUCCUUCAGCCCAACUCGUUCAUGCUAACCAAGAUGCCCCAUCUAGGCUUAUCCCACUUCCUUGCAUUUGGUCCAUAUUCCUCUAAACAUUUCCUAUCCAUGUACCUCCCCAAAUGUCCUUUAAUUGUUUUUAUUGUAUCUGCCUCGACUACCUCGUCUGGCAGCUUAUUCCAUAUACUCACCACCCUCUGUGUGAAAAAGUUGCACCUCAGGUUCCUAUUAGAUCUCUCCCCUCUCACCUUAAACCUAUGUUAUCUGGGUCUUGAUUCCCCAACUCUGAGUAAAUGACUGUAUUCACCCUAUCUAUUCCCCUCAUGAUUUUAUACACCUCUAUAAGUUUAUCCCUUAGCCUCCUGUGCUCCAAGGAAUAAAGUCUUAGCCUCGCCCUUUUGCUCAGGCCCUUGAGUACUGGCAACAUCCUCGUAAAUCUCUUCGGCACUCUUUCCGGCUUAAUGCAAUUUGAGAAGAAUGUUCAAAACUUCAUAGACUUUCUACACAAAAAAUUCCACACUCCCUGUUUUCAGCUUGGAGGUCUUGACGUGGAAUUGAUUCAACAUGGCCUCGGGCAGGCUGUUUCUAGGCGCAAGUCCCUUGCAUCUUGAAAAGACUGCAGACACUGAAAUUUUGGUCAGGACACUUUGUGUUUUUUGCUUUAAAUUGGUAUGUGAUGAAUAUAAUUGUUUCUCCCUUGUACUGUUAAUGUACUAACAGAAGGGCUGAUACCCAGCUGUGCAGUUUAAAUUACUUUUAUUACAUUUUAAAGAUAAGCUAUAGGAUGAAAAUGUUUUACUAAUUGAUUUCAGGUUAUAAAGUUCAUUGGAGGUUUCCUGAAAAGUAACUUUACACAAACUGUAUUUUUAAUUUGUCUCUGUGGUCAAACUCUUAAGCACCAUGUAGCGUUCAGAAUUUAUUUCGAGCCAUAGUUGUUACAUGUCUGGGAGGAUUCUUUUCGCAGAACAUAGAUUUUUU